AUGGACCAAAUUGGGUAUUUAAAAGAUUUAUUCGAACAAAGGAUUUCCCAGAUAGCCAGGCAAGUCCAAGCAUUUUUUGAUGAAAUCAACGGAGACGAAAUCUAUAGCGCUAUGAGAGAAAAUUCUUUGAGCCAAGAAUUCGCAAGCCAGAGAGCAAAAGAGCUGUUUGAAGAAAUCAUAGGCGGAGAAAAAGAGACAACGAUUCUUACUCCUGCAGCUAAUAAUUAUCUUUUUUAUUUUUUAAAAAGUGUUUUUUAUAUCGAUAAUAUGGAUUGAGUUAGACGGGUUCAUGCCAUUUUAUCGAAUCAUUUUUUCUCGUUUGGCAUUUACUCAAGGAUUUUGGUCUAAAAUUUUCCUCCUGAUACACUUGAUCGAAUGCUAAUGAUUUUUUCAUAGCAAACGCCUCAAGGAUAUUUCUUACAAGGAAAAAUAUACGAUCAACUUGUGCCAGAGUUUUAGACUUCAAGAAGAGCUGGCUCAGAGGAGGGCUGAAUGCAAUAAAUUUGAAAAAAUUAUAAGAGAGCUAGAAGAUAAGCUGAGGUUCGAAGAGUCUGACAAAGAGCGAUCUUUGAGAAUUGCUCACGAUUUGAAAGCAGAGCUGGGUGAAAGCGAAGCUGUUUUAGAAGACAGAUUAAAAAGAAAAGACAUAGAAUGGCUACAAAAAAUAGAAGAGACUUCAAGAAUGCAGAGCAGGAAAUUUGAUGAAGAAAGAUUGCAGUUAGAAGACCAAGUUAGAAAUGCCAUCAAAGAAAUAGAAAAUUUGAAUCUUCAGAAGCAAAGGGAUUUAAGCAGAAUUCGUGAACUUGAUGAUGAGAUAAACAAGAUGAAGAUGGCUGUAGAAAACGCUGAGAAAAGAGAACAGCAAUGAAAAUCCUCAGCAAGGGCAGUCGAAGAUAAUAGAGCCAGCAUACAAGCAAAGCUGGAAUUUUUAAUCGACGAAAAUAGAGACCUCCAGGAUAAAUUGGAAAACACUGAAAAUGAAAAACAGAAGAUUUUGGCCCAUUUUAGAGCAUAUCAAGAUAAAUAUGAAGAGGUUUCAAGCUCAAGCCACAAAGCGUUGCAGGAAAUCGUUGAAAAAGCAAGGACUAAGUCACGGAAAUUAAAGCAAAAAAUAAAAGAGCAGAGAGGAAAAUUGCAAGAUUUUCAAAAUGAGAUGAAAAAAGCUAUAGAAAAAAUAGAAAGUUUAAAAAUUGAAAAUGAAACCUUAGUAGCUAAUGAAGAAAAACUAAGAAGAAGUUUAGAAGACUCAGAAAAAAAGUAUAGAGAACUAGAUAUCAGCAUAAAAAAACGAGAAAUUGAGCUAAAAUCUCAAUAUGAUAGGCAGUUUUUGCAGCUCCAAUCACAAUUCAAUUCUGACUUGCAACAAAAAACCGCUGAGUUUGAAAGAGAAAUUCAAUCAGAAAUUGAGCUCAGAAAUGAAAAAGAAAAAGAGCUGCGAGCGACUAUACAAAAUAAAGCAAAAGAAGUUGAAAGAGACCACAUCAUGAAGACCGCCCAUCAGAGCAUUAUAGAAGAAAAAGAAAGAACCAUCAAUAAAAUCCACCAAAAUCGGAUUGAAGCUUUGACAUCAGAAUUCGAACAAAAAAUAAGCGAAUUUAAAGAAGAAGUCAGCCAACUUAAAAAAGAAAACGCUGGAUUAAAUGAACUUCUGUCAAAUUCCAAAGCUCUUGAGGCUCAAGCCCAAGAAGAACUGUCAAAUAAAACAGAAAAAAUGCUUUCCGAAAUAAAAAUCAAAACAAACACAAUUAGAGACCUUGAAAAUGAAAAACUUGAUUUGCUAAAUAAACUUGAUACAGCUGGAGAGCUGCUAGAAGACCUAAAAGACUCCAAAAACGAAGAAGCUAGCCUGAGAUUCAAAUAUGAAACUGAAAACUCUAAUCUCAAAGGAAGACUAAACGAGCUGGAAGACCAAAAUACGUAUCUAAAGCGCCAAAUAAAAAAAUACCAAGAUGAACAAUUAAAAAUUAACCACGGCCAUAAGCGGCAACCCACUAGCCAUCGCCCCAUCUCGGCUCCGCCAUAGUCCCAGAGCGAGAUUCUGAUGCUACCAUACUUCUCGCCCGACGCCAUUUUGGAUUUCCGAACUGACCACCUCCCCAGAGGAUCAGCUCCUUGGGCAGAGCUACGUCUGUCAAGUCCCCGACGGUCUCGAUGAGAAAAGACCAUGUGGUAGGCAAAACCUGUCUAGCCCAUCUGGCAGGGACAGGAAAACCUUCGAGGGAGAAUAAAACUUCCCUCUUCGGCAAGGCAGCCCAAGCCUGAAGGCCUAUAAUAAGAGGGACAGAGGUCCUUGCUUUCAGCUUCAUCAGGAUGGGCCCUACCUGAUCCAUAGGGAGUGCGCCUCAGAGUCCAAUUUCCGUCAACGUCACCAUUUUAAUUCUCUCAAGAUGAGCAGGAAUAUGUAAAAAAUGAAAUGGUCGAAAAAAAAUUUUUGGUCCAAGAAAAGGAAAAAUCGUUCCAGCUUGAAACAGAAAUUGAUAAAGCUCACAAAAAUAUAGUGAAGCUUGAAAACCAAGUAGACAGCCUUGAAAGGAGCUUAGAAGAGCUGUCUAAUCAGCACUCUGAAGCUAAAAAUAGAAUAAGGGAGUCAGAAGAUUUCACGAGGACUUUAUCCACAGAUAUAGACGCAAAGGAAAGGAAAAAUAGAGAAAUAAUUGCUUCUUUGGAGCAAGACAACUAUGAGCUCAAGAAAUUAGCAAGUGCAAGGAAGCUAGAAAUAGAAAAGGCAAAGGACGAACUAAAAAAUUUUGAAGCCCUAUUUAUAGAAACGAGACAAAAAGUUAACGAUUCUUUCGAAAAAAUAAAAAGAUCGGCGAGGUACAGCAUUCAAGGUCUCAGGACAGAUUUAUCAAACAUAAAGUUAGCUUUGGAAUAUGAAGUAAGCUCCUUCAUGGACUCAACUCAGUCAAUGAUCCAAGAAAUCGCUAUAAAGCUCAUUGAAAAAGAAGUAUCUGACAAGCGAAAAAUCGAUUAUAAAAUUGCUGAAAUUUCAGAAGAAAUGAAAAAACAGUGGAAAUCAAAAUUAAGCAAAAUUGAAGAAAAUUUAUUAAGAGAAGAACUUACCUGGUGGGAUGAUGCUGAUAUGGACGGAAUAAGAAGAGCAGCGAAAUCGUUGAUUGACAAGAAAAAAUACUCACUCCCCCCCCCCCCCUCCGUGAGCGAACAAAAAAAUUUUGUUCGCUCACGGAGGGGGGUUAUUUUUUUUUUAAAAAAAAAAUUUAUAUAUAAAUUUUAUAAAAAAUAUUUUUUUCGAAAUUUAAAAAAAUCCUAAUUUGCAAAAAUUGGGAAGCAAAUAUUAAUUUAAUUUGCAAAAUUUAUGUUUUAAAACGCAAUUUGUUUAAAAUUAAACAGAAUUAGCUCUAGAUUUCAUUAUACUAAUUAUCACUUAUAUAUCAAAUUUUUUUUCCAUUAAAAUUUUUUCUAUUAAAAAAAUUUUUGUUCACUCACGGAGGGUGGGUUUUUUGGUCAAAAAAUGGCGAUUUUUCUAAUGGUUUUGUUCGCUCACGGAGGGGGGGGGGGGGAGUCAGAUAAUGAAGUUCUCAAAUGCAAUGAUUAUUCAAAAAAGCUGCAAGGACAAGUCGACAAUUUGAAUAAGCAAAACCAAAAAUUGCACCUGAGGCUUCAAGCUAACUCUGAAGCUUUUGACCAGCUUCAAAGAGAAGUAGCUGACGAAUCCACAAAAAUAAAAUAUAACAGUCAAAACUUGCUAAGAAAAUCAACGCAAGAGUUGCAAACAAAAUAUGAACAAGAAAUAGAAAAAUUAAGAGAAGAGGUGAAGCAGAAAGGAAAAGAAAAAAAUGAACUGGAAACGAGGCUGAAAAGGAAAUUCAUGGAAGAAAUGGAGAAGGUGAAAAAUCAGUAUGAGGGCAGAAUUAAAGGGUAUAAAGAAGAGCUUGAUAAUGAGCAAGAAAGGGUGGAAAGGCUGAAUAACCAGCUUCAAGGGGCUGAUAAAGAAGGGGUUUCCAUGAAGCAAAGACUUUUAGACGAAAUUCAAAGCUUAGAAAUUAGAGUGCAAGAAUUAGAAGGGUUUUUGGAACAGGAAAGAACACAAAAAGACCAGCUUGCGAAACAAAGAAUCACUGAGCUACAGGAAUUGACAGAAAAAAUCAAAGUCUUGAGGUCAGAAAUUGCUGAAAAGGAAGACAAGCUUGAUAUGUACAUCAAAGAAAAUCGAAAUCUGAGGGCUGAAAUCUCGUCAAUUAUCGAUGCCAGAAAAAGUGUUUUUUCAGCUGAAUUUUAA